AGCAAUUGCUAAGAGAGUUUUAGCAACACCAAAAAAACAAAAAGGCCUAGAAGCCCAAGUGAAUAGCUUUGAGAAAGAGGGAAAAUGGUGAAGAUAGCUUUUGGAAGCCUUGGAGACUCCUUCAGUGUUGGCUCCAUCAAGGCCUACCUCUCUGAGUUCAUUGCUACCCUCCUCUUUGUUUUCGCUGGUGUUGGUUCUGCCAUCGCUUUCAGCAAGCUUGCUCCCGACGCAGCACUAGACCCAGCUGGCUUGGUUGCCGUCGCCGUGGCACAUGCCUUUGCCCUGUUUGUAGGAGUUUCCGUUGCAGCAAACAUCUCAGGUGGCCACUUGAACCCAGCUGUCACCUUCGGAUUGGCCAUCGGCGGCAACAUCACCAUCCUAACUGGCUUCUUCUACUGGAUUGCCCAAUGCCUUGGCUCCACCGUCGCCUGCCUCCUCCUCCACAUCGUCUCUGGUGGCAUGAGCGUCCCAACCCACGGAGUUGCAGCAGGGAUGAAUGAACUCCAAGGACUGGUGAUGGAGAUCGUGAUCACCUUUGGGCUCGUGUACACGGUCUACGCCACGGCCGCGGACCCGAAGAAAGGAUCCCUCGGGACCAUUGCGCCCAUCGCAAUUGGGUUCGUCGUGGGCGCCAACAUCCUGGCCGCCGGCCCAUUCAGCGGUGGAUCCAUGAACCCGGCCAGGUCCUUCGGCCCAGCUGUGGUCGCCGGAAACUUCGCUGGAAACUGGGUUUACUGGGCCGGCCCGCUCAUCGGAGGUGGAUUGGCUGGGCUUAUCUACGGAGACAUCUUCAUUGGUUGCCACACUCCAGUCGCCACUUCCGACAGCUAUGCUUAAAGGGAGAUGGUGUAUUUUGGGCUUUCGCUUUGGCAUGUAACGUGUUUGGGGCUUUUGUUGUUGCUUUUUGGGUUUGGGCCUGUGUUUGUGUAUGGGCCAAAGUGGGAAGGAGAAUGAGCCCGUGGUUGUUUGAAUAAGGAAGUGUAAAUUGUUUCUGGGUUCGUAAUUGUACUAUCUUGGUUUCAAAUAUGAAAUGGUUUGAUCUUUAAUUUAC